AUGGGAGUUCAAGACAAGGCACCAGGAACACAGAGGAACCGCAAGUUAGCGUCCGUACCUCGUGAAAGAAGCAACGUCCGGCACGCUUCGCAGAGGACACGUUCCAAGAACUACAAGAAUAUCUCAAAGAAAAGGGCCCAACAGCAUGCGUUUGGGUUCAGCGUUUCAAAGAUGGUUGCAAUGAUCCGGGCACGUGUGUGGGGAACACCCGUCGAGGAGGAAGAAGAAAGCGUAACCUCUUCGUCUGCGUCUCCUUACGACUGUGUGCCUCUGCAAUGGCAAGCCAAAUUCGCGCAACUACAACUGCAACUGCAAUCCACGCAAAAGGAACUACAAUUUGUCAAGGAGAAGUGCCACUUGCUGCAAUCGGUGCUGGACGAUGCGAACAUCGACCAAAGGUACCUCGAGUCCCGCAGAGACAUGAAAAACAUUGAACGGGACAAUCUCAAGCCUACUGAAAUUUUGCCGCCCUCUCCAGUGAGAGCGGUGAACCCAUUAGUGACUUCGAGCCCAAUCCACAUGUCGCCGCUCCAGUCUCGCCAGAGACCACUUUCGGCAUUGCAGCCCCCCAAGGGCCCCAACUUUUACGCCAAGUAUCCGAAACUACCCCAGACGAAUAUCCUAAGAGAAUCUCCCACUGAGGAAUCGCUUUCCCAGGCCCAAUAG